UUAGUCGGUCGGCUUGCUGCCAUUGUGGCAAAACGGGUCCUCCUGGGUAAGAUGAAUUUAUUUGGAUUGUGUGAAGAAAUACUGCUUUAUGCCUAACUCAAGUUUUCUUAAGGCCCCAGAUCUGACUAUUACCUCCUUGCUUGAGUUUAGAUUAAUUGUUCAUUUUUCUUCUUGUAGGACACAAAGUUGUGGCGGUGAGAUGUGAAGGAAUCAACAUCUCUGGAAACUUCUAUCGCAACAAGUUGAAGUACCUGGCUUUCCUGCGUAAGAGGAUGAACACCAACCCCUCUCGUGGACCUUACCACUUCAGAGCUCUGAGCAGGAUCUUCUGGAGGACUGUCAGAGGCAUGCUGCCCUCACAAGGCCAGGCUGCUCUGGAGAGGCUGAAGGUGUUCGAUGGUAUUCCUCCACCCUUUGACAAGAGGAAGCGCAUGGUUGUUCCAGCUGCGUCUGAAGCCCACUCGCAAGGCAUGCUGCCCCACAAAACAAAGAGAGGCCAGGCUGCUCUGGAGAGGCUGAAGGUGUUCGAUGGUAUUCCUCCACCCUAUGACAAGAGGAAGCGCAUGGUUGUUCCAGCUGCUCUUAAGAUUGUGCGUCUGAAGCCCACUCGCAAGGUGAGCCCCAAACAUUUGAUUACGAGUUUACCAUGUUUGAUUUUAAAUUCAAUUCACACUUGGAAACAAUUCUGACUUGACAGUGAUGAACACUUUAUCCCGAAACUGAUCAUCUAUUGAUGAGACAAACUUUUCGGAUCUGAUUGCUGAGUUGAGUCAGGGGGCCAUUUGUGCCUCACCUUGAAGUGUUAAACAAAAAUUCAAAUGUGCAUUUUGAAUACAUGAACAAAGAACUUGGCUUUUUAUUUUUUAAGUAAUAUAAAAGAAAACCAACUUUGGACUAUAUUUCUAACUGUGUUGGAAUGGAUUAUCUGGUGAGCUGGGGUCAGUAUUUUACCUGUGAGGCACAUGAAACAUACUGACUUUGAUUUUCUGUCACACAGCCACCCUGGAGCAGAAGAGAAAAGAGAAGGCCAAGCUCGGCUACGGCAAGAAAGAAAGUGACCAAGCUGGCAGAAAAUCAUGUCGACGCCAAGAUUGCAAAAUAUAGAGUCCUGUCUGAGCUGUUCUGGCCAAUAAAGAUAAAUACACAUUUAUA